AUAAGUUUUCCAAACAUCAUGCACUUUGGAAUUCAUUUAACCUAAUGAACAUCCGACACUAUUCUAUUGCUAUGUCAAUGUUCCGAGUUCUGGUUGCAUAAACCAGAGACGAGCGGCAAUGGAAACAAUGAAUGGAAUUUACGACCCCAAAAACAACAGACAUCCCAAACUCGAAAGCAGAAGGAAGAAAAAAAAACUGAGUAGAAGUCUCCAUUCAAAUCUGAAUCUGCAAGAGGGAAGAAGUAGCUAUGGAGUACAGCCAUUGGGCAAUCUUCUUUUCAAUGGAAGUGGCAAUCACAACGCCAGAGAUGUGGGCUUGGGCACUCUCAGUCUAUUCAGUGAUGAAACCGUAAUGGAUGUUUUGGGUUUUCUUGAUGCCAAAGAUUUGUGCCAUCUUGCAUUGGUAAGCAAAGCCUUCUACGUUUUCAGCAAUCAGGAAUCCCUAUGGAGGACCCUUGUUCUUCAUCAACUGAAAGGCAAUUUCUCCUUCCAAGGAUCGUGGAAGUCAACAUACAUUGCAACGCAUUGCCCUUUUUCUUCUUCUUCUCCAACCCUGAUGUCCCACUUCAAGGUCAGUAAUUUCUAUUCAGAUUACCUGUUUCAAAGUUGGCUGUGUGCUAAUUUAGAGAUGAAGCAAGAGUGGUUAGAGGUGGAUAAUAUUGAGAGAAGAGAGAAACUUUCUUUAGAUGAAUUUAUAUCCACUUUUGAGGAACCCAACAGACCAGUACUUAUUAGUGAUGUGUUAGGAAACUGGGGUUCAUUAAAGAAGUGGGAUAGAGAGUUCCUCUGUGAAGUUGCAGGAGACACGGAGUUUGCUGUGGGUCCAGUUGAUAUGAAGCUGAAGGACUACUUUUCGUAUGCAGAUCGUGUGAAGGAGGAGCGCCCGCUUUAUUUGUUUGACCCUAAAUUUGGAGAUAAAGUGCCUGACUUGUCCCUGGGUUAUGAGAUACCCAUAUAUUUCAGAGAGGAUCUUUUCUCAUUGCUGGGGAAGGAGAGGCCCGAUUACAGGUGGCUGAUAUUGGGUCCAGCUAGAUCAGGGUCUUCCUUCCACAUAGAUCCUAACAGUACCUCUGCAUGGAAUGCAGUCAUAAAGGGCUCUAAGAAAUGGAUUCUUUUCCCUCCUGCUGUGGUCCCUCCAGGUGUGCACCCCAGCCCAGAUGGUGCUGAGGUGGCAUCACCAGUUUCUAUAAUUGAGUGGUUCAUGAAUUUCUAUGGAGAAACAAAACACUGGAAAAAGAGACCCAUUGAAUGCAUUUGCAGGGCCGGGGAGGUUAUCUUUGUGCCCAAUGGAUGGUGGCAUUUGGUUAUUAAUCUGGAGGACUCCAUUGCCAUUACACAAAAUUAUGUGAGCAGGAGAAAUUUGUUGAAUGUUCUUGAUUUCCUGAGCAGACCUAAUUCAAGGGAGUUAGUUUCAGGGACAGAAGAUCGGGUCAAUUUAUAUGAUAAAUUUAGAAGAGCAUAUGAAGAUUUUAGCCCUGGUUCUAUUGAAGAGUUGAAACGAAGAGACGAAGAGAAAAAAUCAAAGAAGUCUGUACCAUUUUGGGAGUGUGCUACUGAUGCAAAAGUUGGAGCUUUCAAGUUUGGAUUUUGAACCAAGGGUACGCAGAAGAUGGAAACAAAAUUUCAGUUAAGAUUAAUUCAGCUUAUAAUCACAAUUUUUAGUUUACAGAGAAUGAAAGAAGGGUUUUAGAUUUGAACUAGCUACAGCCCUUUCUAAUUUUAGUUUUAUAGAAAAGAAAGAAAAGAGUUUUGUUUCAAAUUUUCUGAAAUUCACAAUUUCAGAUUCGGGCUCGAUAUAAAUUCAUGUUUAAACACACACACCCAAGAGAUUUGUGUUCAACAGAGAAAAUAUAGAUAGUGAUGUAACCCAGAAGAAAUUCGACAUAAAACAAGAUUUCAAUGAUAACAUUUUCAAAUGGUAAACAAGAAGUAAAAUUCUACUCGGAAA